GACGAGUCGACAUCUCUAGAAGAACCCAAUUCAAACGUUUGACAAAACACUUAUGACUAUGCUGAUUCUUCAUUCUGCUCUUAAAUGGCUGCCACAAAUGCAGCUUCAUCCUUACGCACACGCCAUUGCCUCUGCCCCUGCGUUUGCCCCUUAUUCCGGACUAGUUUCUCCUUCAGAAACAUCAUCCUCUCCCGCAAGACCACCAGGCGCAAAACUACCAACAUGACAUCCUCCACCCCUCAACAGCAGCAGCAGCAGCAGCAACCCUCCACUCUCCCCGGAAACCAUUUGGCAGUUGUUAAAUACCAUGAACAGACAAAGCAUUCCUUCCGCAAAUACGCUCGCGGUCCGCACGGCCUCGACUGGGCAAAUCAGCCAAACCCUUUUCGGCGCUACGAAUCCGCCCCACUGAUUCCUCUCCUCCAUUUACCGCCCGGCGAAACCAACUCAAAUGAGCUGCCAUACCACCACCUGUUCCUUCAAUUCCCCGCCGCAAAAGCGCUUGAUAAAUCUACUGUGUCGCAGCUCUUGUACGACAGCCUUGCUCUCUCUGCCUGGAAAACUACGGGUUAUUCUACGUGGUCACUAAGGGUUAACCCCAGUAGUGGUAAUCUCCAUCCCACGGAGGGAUAUAUAGUUAGCGGGCCAAUAAGUGGUAUUUCCGAGUCCGCCUUUGUGGCCCAUUAUGCCCCCAAGGAGCACGCGCUGGAGAUACGAGCAGAAAUUCCGUUGAAUUUAUGGGCCGAAUUGAGCAGGGGAUUGCCUGAAAACAGUUUUUUUGUUGGCUUGAGUUCGAUUUUCUGGAGAGAAGCGUGGAAGUAUGGAGAACGGGCUUUUCGUUACUGUAAUCAUGAUGUAGGUCAUGCAAUCGGGGCGGUUUCGAUUGCUGCCGCUGUUUUGGGUUGGGAUACCAGGUUAAUUGAUGGUCUGGGCCAUCGUGAAGUCGAGCUUUUAUUGGGUUUAGCAGGUCAGGAAGAGUUGACUGUUCCUGAUGAGCCCUUGAAGGUUUACAUGCCGGAGCUCGAGCAGGAGCAUGCUGAUUGCCUCAUAGCGGUUUUCCCGGCGAAAAAUUCAUUCGGGUUUUCAUCCGAGGCAGAGACCUCAGGUCAGUCUUCAUUUGAUUUGAAAAUUGAUUACGGCUUUUUGAGUUCUGUGAUUUCUAAGUUCGAGGGUGUUGACUUCAAGGGACACCGCAAUGCGCUUAGUAAAGAACAUGUCUGCUGGGACAUUAUUUAUAGAACUGCAAAUGCUGCCAAGAAGCCAAUGGUGGAUGGUGAAUCCACUAUCAAACUUGCUUCAUUGCCUAAAAUGGGGAUUUUUUCCGAGGCGGCCUAUAAGCCAUUUAGUGUCAGGGAAGUGGUGAGGAAGCGGCGCAGUGCUGUGGACAUGGAUGUGAGAUAUAGUAUCGAGAGGAAUACAUUUUAUCAACUUAUGUCCAAGGCAAUUCCUUCAGGGUGGCAGGAGGAGAGUCAAGGGGAAGAGCAGCAGUUGCCUUUUAGGGUGCUUCCUUGGAGAGCUCAAUUGCACAUGGUUUUAUUUGUGCAUAGAGUUGUAGGGCUUCAAAAGGGGAUUUACUUCUUGGUGCGGAAUUCUGAUCAUUUCAAUGAUCUUAAAAGUUCCAUGAAGCCAGAAUUUGAGUGGGUGAAACCGGACGGUUGUCCAUCUGGUUUACCACUUUACAGACUUGCAGCCGGUGAUUGCCGUGAACUUGCGAAGCGGCUUUCAUGUCAUCAGGAUAUUGCAAGUGAUGGCUGUUUUAGUCUAGGGAUGCUGGCUCAUUUUGAGCCAACUUUAUGUGGUGGACAUGCUUGGAUGUAUCCCCGUCUCUUUUGGGAAGCUGGAUUGCUUGGUCAAAUCUUAUAUUUGGAAGCACAUGCAGUUGGCAUAUCUGCAACUGGCAUUGGAUGCUAUUUUGAUGAUGCAGUUCAUGAUGUUCUGGGACUGAGUGGAAAUGAAUUUCAAAGUCUCUAUCACUUCACUAUUGGUACUGGAGUUUUGGACAAACGGAUAAUGAGCUUACCUGCUUAUCCAGGUCCAACAAUAGAUGCAUAAUAUUUAACCUUUUCAGUUAUCUGCAGCUUGAGUCAAUUGUUUUUGUUAAGUUACUUCAUGAGAAUUGCCUUGGUGAAGUUGAGGGAGUCAUGGGUAUAUGCAGUAUAGCAACACAACAUUAUUCUAAAUCGUUGUGUACGAGGGCCACUGCAUCAGCAAAUUUUCUCAUUUGAGGCAUUGUUGUUGUAUAUAUAAAAAAUGACUUUGAUGUAAAAAUUAUAAUUACAUGAGUGUCUACGGUGUUUUUACUUUGUAGAUAAAAAUUAGAAGUCACAAGGACUUUGGCGUUAUAAUCUUUUGUCUGGUAAAAAGGUGUAAAGUUUUUAGUUACUGUACAGAAUGGAGUUAAACAGGCCAUGCAAUCGAAUAGAGUCAAUGGCUUAAGGUUUAUUUUCAAAAUCAUUUGGUUAGUUUCUCUCUGAUUUGCAGAUUGUAGAAUUGAUGAGACAGAUAAAGGGCAGGCCGAUUAAGAUUGGCCUUCAGCUGCCCAUUUUACUUGUAUAGCUGUUUUUAUUUGUUAUUAGUAAUAUUUUAAUUUUCCAA